AUGAGCUCUGAAAAAUUCAUGGCUUUUGGGGACGCAAUCGACCUUUCCCACCAUCUCUCGACUUUAUCGCGAAACAGGGUUGCCUCUCCACUGAAAGAGCUGCAGAAAUACUGGGGACGGCCUGGUAUCAUUAGUCUUGCUGGGGGAUUGCCUAGCCCAGAAUACUUUCCUUUCGACGCUGUCAAGGCAGAUGGUCUGGUUCCUAACGCUUUCCCGGCAACAACUCCCCCUCGGGUGAAGGGGACCUUUUCCUGGCUUUGGAGUAUCUUUUCUGCCUCCAAGGUCGCAACUACCCCGAUUGUCAUUCCUAAGUACCCUGAACACCCGAGCGACAUCAAUCUUGCAAUGUAUCUCCAGUACAGCACGGCUGAAGGGCAACCGCAUUUACUAAAGGUCGUCACUGAACUUACCACCAAAGUCUAUAAACCGGCGUAUGCCAACUUCAAGACGAUGCUUCAUGCUGGAAACACAGACGGUUGGCUCAAAGCGGUCAACACACUCUGUAACGAUGGGGAGGGGGUUUUAACUGACGAAUGGACGUACCCGUCAGCGAUUGCAAGCAUGAAGCCGUACGGGGUAAAUCCUGUCCCGGUGGCAAUGGAUGGUCAAGGUAUGAGCAGCAUCGCUCUUCGUGAGGUCCUCUCUUCGUGGGACGAGAAGGCUCGAGGAAUGCCCAGACCCCAUGUGAUGUAUAUUGUCCCAGUCGGACAGAAUCCAACAGGAGCGACCAUGCUAUCCGCCAGGAAGAGAGAAAUUUAUGACAUCUGCGUAGAGUAUGACAUCAUCAUCGUCGAAGAUGAUCCGUAUUACUUCCUGCAAGAAGGUCUCUAUGUGUCCCCUUCUCGUCGGACGUCAUACGGCACGGGUAAGGAACUUGGUGACGAAGAGUAUAUUAACAGCCUUGCCCCAAGCUUCUUGAGAUUCGAUCAUCAAGGGCGUGUAAUAAGGCUUGAUACCUUCUCAAAGACCAUCGCCCCUGGAUGCCGUUUGGGAUGGUAUACCUGCAAUCCACUCUUCGCUGAGAGAUUGUUGCGCCAAGCCGAGACCUCGACGCAGGCUCCCUGCGGAUUUGGACAAUCAAUUGUUGCAAGCCUGUUGAUCGAUUGGCAAUACAGCGGUUACUUGCGGUGGCUAAAGGGCUUGGGCUCACAGUACAAGCUGCGAAGGGACUUCUUCAUCGAUUGUCUCGCUAGCAAGUUCCAUUUGGAAUUUGAGUCUCCUGUCUGUAAUCAAUUUACUGGAAGCGAGACGUACGUCGCUUACUCGAAACUAUCCCAUCACGGAGAGAAAUUCGUGAAGAAGCCAUUGUUUUCCUUCAUGCCCCCUUCCUCCGGCAUGUUCGUCUGGUUGCAUUUUGAUUUCGAAGGAUAUCCCAAGGUAGAAGAGCUUGGCCUCGAGACACUCGAGAGGAAACUCUGGAUAGCGAUGGCAGAGGGUGGCCUCCUCAUUGGAGCAGGCAGCAUAUUUUCUGCCAACCCAUCAUACAAGGCUGAUGGCACCAUGGGGCAUUUCCGUAUCAGUUUCAGUAAUGCAGAGUUCGAUGCCUUGGAGAAGGCCGUCGACAUCAUGGCUCAGGUUCUGGAUAAAUUCUAUCAGGACCUAUGA